AUGGAGCCGACACCUAGAGGCAGAGAAGCUGUCCGGCGAGCUACAAUCGGCACGGGGUCGAGAUACUUUCCGGCACUGCGGAUGUACUUUGCGGCGUACGACCGCUCCAGUCGACCCGACUAUCCCCCGCAGACAGAGAGUGGGCCGCGUAAUUUGAAAACUCGGCGAGCGAAUGAAGCGAAAACUAGGUUCUAUCAAAUCCGCGCGAUUACUUAUUGUGUAGUGACGUUGCUCUUCUCACAGAGCGUAGUAUUUUCGGCUCAAAUCUACUGGACGGAGACUGCCGAGCGCAUCGGUGGAACUCAAGCAGUCAUCCGCCGUUCUAACCUCGACGGCUCGAACGUUACAGACGUUGUGACCACGGGGCUCGAUUCUCCGCGACAAAUCGCAAUCGAUUCGUCAACCGGGAUGAUGUACUGGGCUGACUCGGACACAAUUCGCCGGGCGAAUCUUGAUGGGUCGGGAAUCGUCGAUCUUAUUGCCGGUGAAGAUGGUGCAUACGGAAUCGCGCUCGAUGUCCAAAGCGGCAAGAUCUACUGGACGAAUUUUGAAGGCAACGAAAUCCGCCGAGCUGAUCUCGAUGGCAACAACAGUGAGACGCUGCUCGAUACCGGUUCCAUGGGCCCUACGGGAAUCGCCCUCGAUACCGUUAAUCGGGAGAUUUACUUUACAUCGAAUACAAACAACUUCGCUGUGCGCCGGUUAGAUUUCGAUGGGCUCAAUCCGGUCGAAGUUGUCACUACUCAGAUACGGGGAUCAGGCGGAAUCGCGCUUGAUGUGUCUGACAGCAAGAUGUACUACACCAGCUACAAUGAGGACAUUAGCCGUCGUGCUGAUUUGGACGGCGCGAACGUCGAAGACCUCUACACCGGACUUGUAUCGCCAAUGGACGUUGCUCUAGACAUACCGGCGGGAAUGAUGUACUGGGUCGAUUUCGAUGCUGGUAACAAUGGGGCGGUUCUUCGGGCGCCAAUGGAUGGGAACGGUCCGACUGAGUUGCUUUUCGAGGGCGCUAACAAUCCCCUGGGCAUCACAAUCCAUGUGCCUGAACCAUCAACUGCAACAAUGCUAGCCAUUGGGGUGGCGCUUGUUUUCACUCGGGCUUUUUUCGCACGUCGAAUGUAA